UCUCACACAAUCAAACACUAAUUCAUAAUUACACGCAUUCUCUAAUUGAUAAUCACAAUAAUAAAUAAUAAUAAUAUUAUUAUAUUAUAAUUCAGAUUCAGAUUCAUUUCUUAUUCCAUUCCUUCUUCAUUUUCAUCUUCUUCCUUUUUGUGAAUUUUUGCAUAAAGUUUCAAUUUUUACUUCAAAAAUGGCAUCUUUAAGCAUGACCCAGAUGAGAACUAUGAAUUCUGCAUCUGGGUUUUCUUUGAAUUGUUCUAAGAAGGUUCAUGCUCUUCCUAGUAGAAUUGGGUUUAAGGUUUUUGCUUCUGAGACUUCUCAGUCUUCAUCAGAGCCUGAUCUUAGUGUUACUGUUAAUGGUUUGCAUAUGCCAAAUCCUUUUGUUAUUGGAUCAGGUCCACCUGGAACUAAUUAUACUGUUAUGAAAAGAGCUUUUGAUGAAGGUUGGGGUGCUGUGAUUGCUAAAACUGUAUCACUUGAUGCAGCAAAAGUUAUAAAUGUAACUCCUCGAUAUGCCCGACUACGCGCUAGUGCAAAUGGAUCUGCAAGAGGAGAAAUUAUCGGGUGGGAGAACAUUGAACUUAUCAGUGAUAGGCCACUCGAAACCAUGUUGAAAGAAUUUAAGCAAUUAAAAGACGAGUACCCUGACAGAAUUCUCAUAGCUUCGAUCAUGGAAGAGUACAAUAAAGCUGCUUGGGAGGAACUUAUUGAUAGAGUUGAACAAACCGGAGUUGAUGCACUUGAAAUAAACUUCUCGUGUCCUCAUGGUAUGCCGGAACGAAAAAUGGGUGCUGCUGUUGGGCAGGAUUGUGCUCUUCUUGAAGAAGUUUGUGGAUGGAUAAAUGCAAAAGCUACAGUUCCUGUUUGGGCCAAGAUGACACCCAACAUUACCGAUAUUUCACAGCCAGCAAAGAUUGCUCUAAGUUCAGGAUGUGAAGGAGUAGCUGCUAUAAAUACAAUCAUGAGCGUCAUGGGAAUCAAUCUCAAUACAUUACGUCCCGAGCCUUGUGUUGAGGGGUACUCAACUCCUGGUGGUUAUUCUGCGAAGGCAGUUCAUCCUAUAGCGCUUGCGAAGGUCAUGAGUAUUGCAAAAAUGAUGAAGGAAGAGUUUGAUGGUGAUAAUUAUUCACUUUCUGCCAUUGGUGGUGUGGAAACAGGUGGUGAUGCUGCUGAGUUUAUUCUUCUUGGGGCAGAUACUGUUCAGGUGUGCACUGGUGUUAUGAUGCAUGGCUAUGGUCUUGUUAAGAAGCUUUGUCUUGAGCUACAAGACUUCAUGAAAAAGCACAAUUUCAGAUCAAUAGAAGAUUUUAGAGGGGCCUCUCUUCAGUAUUUUACUACUCACACUGACUUGGUGCAAAGGCAACAAGAAGCAAUUAGGCAAAGGAAAGCCAUAAAGAAAGGCUUGCAAUCUGAUAAAGAUUGGACAGGAGAUGGUUUUGUGAAAGAAAGUGAAAGCAUGGUUUCUAAUUAAAUAAAUGUGCUCUAUCAAAUCAUGCAACUUUUCUUGUAUGAUAUAUAUAGUUCAUGAAAAUGAGGUGGUGCUGAAGGAUAUAUUAUCUUUGAUUACUAAUUAAUAAAUUGAUAUUUGUGCUUCUAAGAACAUUGUGAAGUGUUUUAUGUCAUAAGAUAAUAAAAGUUUAGUUUGUAAAGUUAUUAUCAUUCUCAA